CUCCAUGACUCAGAUCGUCAGAUGCAAAUUUGGAGCCCAUUGAUCUGAUCCGUCUCCUUCCAGGCUCCAGCCGGGGUUCAGCGUGGCAUCUGGUCGAAGGAGCGGCGGCCUCUCGAGAUGACGAUGCGGCCGUUCCGUGGCCAUGGUAUCGCCCUCGCCCUUCUCCUCCCUCUUCUCCUCCUCCUCUCCUUGGAGCCGCAACUCUCACUCGGAGGCGGAGGCGACGGAGUUUGCGAGCUCAGCGUCCGCCGCCAGGACGUCAUCUACAACUACAGCUUGGCGUCGCCCACCUCCAAAUACCCUCACGGCGUUCUCAGCGAAGACGGGUUUUACAAAGUGGUUGUAAAUGACACUUCACUCUGGUUUCAGCUCUGUGAUCAAAUGAUAUUCAACCAUGAUCCACCAAGAUGUUUUGGCUGUCAGGAUUGUGGUGGUCCACUUCACUGUGGUACGGCAUGCAGUGCACUUGUGGCAAGCAACGUAGGAGGAUAUCCUGUUUGCACAACUAUUGGGAGGUCUUCAGAUUUAUACAUUGCUCUUAUAGAUCAGAAGUAUCCUCUGAAAGGUGUUCUUGUUAAGUCAUCCUCAUUCGGAACCCAGGAUAAUUGCUCGCUUUCUGUUUCCAUCUUCUGUGAUUCAAAUGAAGUCCGAGUUCCAAAUUCUCUGAACAUUACAGGAAAAUGUGACUAUGCCGUGGCACUUAGGCAUCCAUCUGGGUGUGCAAAAGUUAUUUAUGUAAAUGGAAGAGGAUGGGGCUUGUUUGGAACAGUACUUAUGAUCAUUUUGUGCUUCUUAGUGGGCUACAUCCUUAUAGGCACAGUCUAUAGGUUCUUUUUCCAGGGGAUUCAUGGUGCAGAAGCUAUUCCAAACUUAGAUUUUUGGCUCAGCUUGCCGCACAGAGCAAAGAAUAUGCUAGAUUCUGUUUGCUUUACUCCAUCAUGGCGAGUCCUUUUGCUAUUACACACUGAAAGAGAGAAAACAAACUUUUGGAGUAACCAAGCAAUGGCUCUCGUCUUUGAUGCAGUUGUGACUUUGAUCAAUUGUUGACAAAGAGUGGAUGGUCGACUACAACAAUGAGCCUCCCCUGGCGAUCCCUUCCUGCGAAGACUUUUGGUGAGUUGCCCAAUUUUAGAGGAGAUAGCAGAUCACAACAUCGAGAAGUUAAAGCAGAAGUGGCCCCAAUUUCAGAGGAGAAGACAGUAGAUUGGUGACAAGAUAAGGUGUUGAAGUAGAAGGAUGAGGAGAUUGAUAAUCAUUAGUGGGGAGUGCAAGAAGCUGCAAGGGGAGCUCAAGAAGAUUACGAAAAUGCAACUGAAUUCUCUGAUUCUAUCUGUAGUCGAAUGAGUACAAGGCGAUCAAAGAUGUACAAAAUGAGUAUAAUCGAUGAAUGGUCUAUCCACAAGUAAUGAAAUUGCUCCGUGGAGACCUCGCUAGCGAGAAGCGAGAGUGCAUAGCUAUGGAGAAAUGGGAGUCUUGUCGCCUUUCAAAUUGAAGUUGCGAUUCUAGAAAAAGGAUCGAAUGGACUUUGAAGAACUCGACUAUUAUUUAUUGGAUUGAUGGCUUGAUGAAGAACAUGCGGAGCUCGAGAAAUUUUUGACUAUCCCAAUAAAGUUAAAAAUGGAGAUGAAGCUAAAGUUUGUAGGGGUAAAUUGAGAAUUUCCCGAUAAAGAGCGGUGUGGUUGGGGCACCAGCCCUUUUCUCCUCUUCCUCUCCGACGGAUCUGCAGGCGUGUUUGCCAACUUGCUGUCGGCGAGACGAUGUCCAUCUCCAACGGGCUCCACAACCGCCACCGAGGUAAUCUCCGAUCUCUGCCAGUCUUACACUCUGAUCGCCUUCUCGAUCUCCAUUUUGCACAGACGACGACGCCACCGACGAUGACGACGACCACGACGACGCUCACUACCAGCCCAUAUCCGCCUUAGAAGACGACGGAUCUGCACCCAGCUCCGAUUCCGACGAACACGCGGCCGCUGUCCCCUCCCCAAUCCGAUCCAACGGCGGCGUGUUCCAUAUCCAGAACCCUAGCCCUGGCGUCUUCUUUCUCGACGCCGAGGGUGUCCUAUCGGCUCUGGAUCUGAAUGGACCUCCCGUUGACGGCGCUGGUGGAGGCGCGGAGGAAGAGGCGGCGGAUGAAGAGGCCGAGGAGGAAGAGGAGAGGGUGAGGCAGCUGGAGGCGUCGAUCUCGAGGGCGUUCAGCGAG